GCGGAGUAUCUCCAAAUGACUGAAAACUACGGCGAAGACAAUCUUAUUGGACACACAGAAACUUUCCUCAAUGAAGUUUAUAGCAAUUGGUCAGAUUCCAUUAAAGCUCUUGAAACAUGUGAGGAAGUGCAAACCUUUGCAGAAGACCUUCAUAUUGUUUCAAGAUGCAUUGAUUCUUUGGCUAUGAAGGCUUGUUCAGAUCCAAAUAUGUUCAAUUGGUCGGAAGUUGGUCAUAAUUGCGCGCAAAAUGAAGCGGAACAUGUUGGAGAUAAUUGGUGGUAUUAUGAUGUAUCUUUGUUGAGUCUACCACUAUAUAAAAGAUUGAUUUUAGCUAUUGAGUCAAAAGGAAUGAAAUCUGAAACUGUUGCUGCAUCUCUUAUAUAUUAUCUAAGAAGGUUUCUUCCCUUAAUGAAUAGACAAUCAAGUUUUAAGGAUACAAAUCAUGCAACAAUUCCUACGACUUCUGAAGCUGAUCAAAGGGGUUUAUUAGAAGAAAUUGUUGAGUUGAUUCCUAAUAAGAGAGGUGUAACAUCUUCUAAGCAUCUCCUUCGGUUGCUUCGAACUGCGAUGAUAUUACAUGCAAGUCCAUCAUGUAGAGAAAAUUUAGAGAAAAGGGUAGGUUCUCAAUUAGACCAAGCUUCACUUGUGGAUCUUCUCAUUCCAAAUAUGGGUUACUCAGUCGAGACGCUUUAUGACAUAGAUUGUAUUCAAAGGAUUCUCGAACAUUUUAUGUCUAUUUAUCAACCGGCGUCAGUAGCAGCUUCUCCCUGCAUAACUGAAAUUGGAACAUUAAUAGCCGGAGCUGAUACGUUGACACCGAUGACAAUGGUCGCUAAUUUGAUAGAUGGAUAUCUCUCUGAAGUUGCUUCAGAUGCUAAUCUAAACUUGUCAAAGUUUCAGGCACUUGCUGCUGCAAUUCCAGAUUAUGCUAGACCCCUUGAUGAUGGUAUAUACCAUGCAAUUGAUGUAUACCUUAAGGCACAUACAUGGUUGAGAGAUUCUGAAAGGGAGCAACUAUGUAGACUCAUGAAUUGCCAAAAACUUUCAUUGGAAGCAAGCUCUCAUGUAGCACAAAAUGAAAGAUUACCUCUCAGAGUAAUAGUUCAAGUCUUAUUUUUCGAACAACUUAGACUUCGUACAUCGAUAUCUGGUUGGUUCUUUGUUUCUGAAAAUCUUGACAACUCACAAAAUCCAAGUGGAAAUCUUGGUUUUUCAAAGAGUUCUCAAAAGGAUUCCACAGAGAUAGCUGAAAACGUGAGGGAGCGUCUUUUAGAGUUGGAAAAAGAGUGUUCGUGCAUUCGAAAAGAGUUGCAGAAGCUAAAUAAAACAAAGAAGAGUUGGAGUAUUUUUCCAAAAAGAUUUGGAUUUAGAAGAAAGUCAGAUUAUUCCAAUCCUAAUGAAUCAAAUAAUGUAAAUUCAUCAUCACCAUGA